ACAACUUCAAAUGACAAAACCUUGGCAAAGAACUAACAACAGCUGCCUCAACUGGAGGCUGAUCCAAGACAUUGCAAAAACAAAAAGGAACACUCUACAAGGGGAAGCUUUUAUAUUUGUACCAUUCAAUAAUAUGGAAGAAGGAAUUGUGAGGCAUUGGAUUAAUACUCCUGUCCGUUACCAACACAAGAUAGUAGAACAGGAUCUGGUGCAAUGCAAACUGGAUCACUCAUUGUUUGCACUGCCAGGCCCAGCGCAGCGACACAGGGAAAAGGACAAACUUUCGUCUGAGGAUUCAGCUGAACUGGCAGAGCCCAACAAGGAGGAAAUACCGUUUGAAAUCAUGCUGGAUGUGGUGCAGUUCCGCCCCGAAGACAUCAUGAUUCAGGUCUUUGAAGGAUGGCUUCUCAUUAGAGCUCAGCAUAGACGAAGGAUGGAUGAGCAUGGCUUUAUUUCAAGGAGCUUUACAAGACAAUAUAAACUAUCGGAUGGUUUGGAGGCAAAGGAUCUUUCUGCUGUGUUCUGUCAUGAUGGCAUUCUGGUGGUGAAGAUAAAGGCUUAACUGAAAGAACUUCUGAAAGAAAUACUGAUAUUGCAUGAAAAUAGCUCUCCUGUGUGAAUUUCUGCAGAUGCUUAGCACAAAUUAUUGAAUUUAGUGAAUACAGUAAUACUGGAAACAGAUAGUGUUAUCAGUUCUGGUGAAAAUAUAUAGCUUCAUUCAAUUAUGUAAAAGGAUUGUGAUUGCGUUAAGUGCAGUGAGUGUAAAGUAUAAAGAAAAGGUAUGUAAAGAAUACUGAACAAAUCUAGAUUUUCCAUGCAAUUUAAGGCUGUGUUAAGGCUUUGUGUUUUUGUAAGCUCUGUUGAAAAGAAGGAGCCAUGUCCCAAUCUCCUUUCAUUUUUCUUGUAACUAUGAGGUAGAAAGGUUAUUUGUACAGUUCUGAACAUACAGUUGCAUUGAUUAGGUUAAAAUAUAUUUUGACGAAUAAGAGUGCACUUUGGAAUAAUUAGUAAGAAAUUGCAUUUAUUGUUAACGGGCUUGCAAUAGGUUCAAUGCAUGUUUAUUUUCUAGGGAAAGGCCUGUCACAUUACUCCUGUUCUAUGUAUAGCACAAGAAUGUGAUAUGCUAUUAAAUGCCUGGUUAAAAACAGAACCUGAGACUAUUGGUGUGUCCGGAAUGUGAAUGUCUCUUCCAACCUUUUUCUUGCUGCAUUGUAUCACUUUAGAUAUAGAGUCACAUUAAUCAAUAAAAAUAGCAAUAUUUUCAUCCCCA